AUGAAUCUAGAGCUUGUAAGAUACUUCAUCGAAAACCACGCAACGUUGUUGGCUCCGCCAGUUGCUGGAACAGUCGUGAACAUCGAGCUUCUAUUCGCGAUGAGCCAGACCUUAUCGAGAAAAGAGAGUUGCCAGGAUCCUGAAUCGAGUUCCAAACACGAAACAGAACAGUGGAACACAUUCUGGAGCGACCUGAUGGAUAUGAUUGCUCUCAGUCCGGGUUGUGUCAGCUUCGUGACGCAGGACGCUCCCGGCAACCGCGGUGCGAUUAUCGACCACAUUGACGUCCAGACCUUGCAAAUUAUGUAUGACUGCGCUGUUCCUGGAUCUUACACAGGAGCCAAGGGAUCGAAAAGUUCUAAACUGAACUAUCCCGCUAACGCGUCACUUUCGGAUCGCCUGCUUACUGUCUUGGAUUCUAGUGCUGCCGAGACCCCUAAUCAGCAAAUUUUGAGCCAGCUACAACGAGUGCUGGCUGUGAAGCCUGCAUCGCACACCCUCGGCCAAGAAAGAGCCCAAAAAUUUACACCACAUUCGAGUUUUAUCCACAUCUGCAGCAAUCGCAACCACUCUAGCGUGUUAUCUAGCAUUGCUAACGUGUCAAACAACAAGAUUGUUGCUAUUGAUUGCAACAAACUUCAGAAUGCAGACCAGGACUGUCCCGGGCUUCUUAAAUGUGCUCAGUCCAAAAUUCACUUCAUACCCAAUCUGAAGCCUCAAACAGACACCGGUCUUGGCGAUUGUUCAUACUUAGACACCUGUCAUAAACUUAACUCUUGCAGAUACGUUCAUUACUUGCAAUAUGUGCCCGAGUCCCUAGUUCAGUUGACUUCCCUCCGUACGCGCGAGACUAAUGAAUCAUGCGACUCCAACAAACGAAUUUGUCUCUAUACGCGAGGAUUAUGUUGCUCCGUGGGUUCAACGCCUACGCUACCAGCCCAAUGGAUUCAAUGCGACGUUCGCAGGUUUGACUUCAACGUCUUAGGUAAGUUUUCCGUAGUUGUGGCUGAUCCAGCAUGGAACAUUCGCAUGAAUCUGCCCUAUGGAACUUGCAAUGAUUCAGAACUCACUGAUUUGCCCUUGAAUCUUUUACAACAAGAAGGAAUUAUUUUCCUUUGGGUCACCGGUCGAGCCAUAGAAGUAGGCAAAGAGUCAUUGCAGAGAUGGGGUUAUCAGGUUUGCAAUGAAAUAUCUUGGAUUAAGACAAACCAGCUAGGACGUACAAUUGUAACAGGACGUACAGGUCACUGGCUCAAUCAUUCCAAAGAACAUCUCCUUGUGGGUCUUAAGGGAACUCCAGAAUGGCUCAACAGACAGUCGGACAUCGACCUAAUCGUUUCUGCUAGCAGGGAAACUAGUCGCAAACCGGAUGAGCUAUACGGGAUGAUAGAACGACUAGUUGGACCUCACGCACGGAAACUUGAGAUUUUUGGUCGUGAUCACAAUACUAGAUCCGGAUGGUUUACUAUAGGCAAUCAACUCAAUGGUGACAGUGUUUAUGAACCAGACGUCAAAAGGAAGUACAACACCUAUCUGCAAAGGCAGAAAAAAACUCACCGCGCACCAUACCCGACACUAGCUUGA